CACAGACACAGACACACUCGCUCUGAUCAAUAUGAAAUAUUACGUAAAAAGAGGCUAGGUUAAAGCGAAACAUCUACUUAUUUCCUCACCGUUUCUCUGGAUCCAGUAUAAAGAAUAUUCGUGUUGGAUUUAUUAUUUCUUGGCUAUGGCAUUUGAAGGAUUCCUUCAACCUAAAUGCCUAAAAUGGCGUUUGUGUGGACUACGAUGGCAAGUACUGGUUUUUCUUCUGUAUUUUAUUCAUAUUACCAGUGGCCAAAUCCGGUAUUCCAUUACGGAGGAGAUGAAGAAAGGCUCUCUUAUCGGUAACGUGGCUCAAGACCUGGGGUUAGAUUUGAAACGGCUCCGAGCGGGCAGGGCCCGUAUCGUGACCGGAGAAAGCAUUCAGUACACAGAGCUGAAGACAGACAAAGGGAUUCUAGUCGUGAGUGAGAGAAUAGACCGAGAGCAGCUUUGUGGCGACGUCACACUGUGUAGCUUCAGCUUCGAAAUUAUUCUAGAAAAUCCCAUUGAGCUGCAUCGUAUUACAGUGGAAAUUCUAGAUGUAAAUGACCAUGCUCCUGCAUUUCCCAUAAAAGACGUACAAUUUGAAAUUAGCGAGUCAGCUACUGUCGGCGCGAGAUUUCUACUAGAGAGUGCAGUGGAUCCCGAUGUAACACUUAACGCCCUACAAAAUUACAUGUUAACUCCCAACAAUAAUUUUGUUCUAAAGCAACAUACGAAUCCAGACGGUAGUAAAUAUGCAGAGAUGGUCCUCCAGAAACCGUUAGACAGAGAGGAGCAUCCUCGUCUCUCUUUAAAGCUAGUCGCUGUAGACGGUGGAAAUCCACAGAAAUCUGGCACAGUAAAUAUAGAGAUCAAUGUCCUAGAUGCCAAUGAUAAUGCUCCCGUGUUUAACCAGUCAGUGUACAGGGCAACUGUGAUGGAAAAAGCUCCAACGGGCACUUAUAUCACAACCGUGAAUGCCAGUGAUGCAGAUAGUGGAUCGUAUGGACAUAUUUCCUACUAUUUUUCAAAGUUGAAAGGGAAUAUAGUUGAUAUAUUUACCAUUGAUAUGUCGACCGGUUCUAUUUCUGUUUCAGGCCAGAUAGAUUAUGAGAAAGAUAAGAAAUACGAGGUCAGAGUAGAGGCUAAAGAUCAGGGUGGUUUAACAGACUCUAGUAAAGUUGUCAUUGAAGUUCUUGACAUAAAUGACAACGCACCAGUUAUAAACGUUAUGUCUUUCUCCAGCCCUGUGUCUGAAGAUGCUCCUCCUGGAACCACGGUAGCCGUUAUAAAUGUAAAAGACGCUGAUUCGGAGAGAAACGGACAGAUUACAUGCUCUAUAGAUACUAACCUCCCGUUCAAGAUCAAAUCUUCUUUAAGUAGUUAUUAUACGUUGAUGUCAGAUGUAGCUUUUGACAGAGAAACAACACCAGAAUACAACAUAACUAUUACAGCGACAGAUUCUGGCUCGCCUCCUCUCUCUAGCUCCAGGACACUACACCUUAGAAUCUCUGACGUAAAUGACAAUGCCCCAUUGUUCGAUAAAGGCACCUACUCUGCCUACGUCACAGAGAAUAACUUUCCUGGAAUGUCCAUAUUUACUGUCAGCGCGCGGGACUCUGACUGGAAUCAGAACGCGAGAAUAUCGUACCUCUUGGAGGACACGCAGAUCAGUGGAACUCCAGUCUCUACUUACAUAUCCAUUAACUCUGAAACCGGAGUUUUACAUGCGGUGCGUUCCUUUGAUUAUGAACAAAUAAAACAGCUCACGCUAGUGGUUAAGGCGCAAGAUGGAGGCUCUCCUCCACUCAGUAGCAACGCAAGUGUCAACUUCUUCAUCCAAGACCAGAACGACAACGCUCCUCAGGUUCUGUAUCCAGUCCAGACUAGCAGCUCUCUUGUGGCUGAAAUGGUGCCUCGUUCAGCAGAUGUGGGCUAUCUUGUGACUAAAGUGGUGGCUGUUGAUAUGGACUCUGGACAAAAUUCCUGGCUCUCGUACAAACUGCAGAAAGCGACAGACAGGGCGCUGUUUGAAGUGGGCUUGCAGAAUGGGGAAAUAAGAACUAUACGCCAAGUCAAUGAUAAAGAUGCUGUGAAACAAAGGCUCACUGUGGUAGUGGAGGACAAUGGGCAGCCCUCUCGUUCAGCUACAGUUAAUGUUAAUGUGGCGGUGGCGGACAGCUUCCCUGAAGUGCUCUCGGAGUUCACUGACUUUACGCACGACAAGGAGUACAACGACAACCUGACUUUUUACUUAGUCUUGGCUUUGGCUGUAGUCUCAUUUCUGUUCAUCACAUGUUUAGUGGUUAUUAUAUCAGUGAAAAUAUACAGAUGGAGACAGUCUCGCAUCCUCUAUCAUUCCAACCUCCCGGUUAUUCCGUAUUAUCCACCGCGUUAUGCAGACACUUUGGGGACAGGAACUCUUCAGCACGUGUACAAUUACGAGGUUUGCAGGACGACUGACUCCAGAAAGAGUGACUGUCAAUUCGCCAGACCCUGUAGUCAGAACGUACUGAUAAUGGACCCCAGUUCAACAGGGACGAUGCAGCGGAUGCAGAACGAACAGAACAUCCUGGAUGAACCAGACUCCCCACUAGAGGUGAGUUAA